UGGCUACCAGUUCAGCUUUAAUUACUUGUUUACCACGUUUCCCCACUUAACAUAUAUAUGGCUACAUUUUCCCAAGCUGCUAGUCACUCUCCUAGGCGGAGAGGCCCGCCUAGGGAAGCCACAUGCUGGGGCUUUCGUUUUCUCCAAAUUCAGCUUCAGUCGCCCUUCCCCAAAUGGUUUCCUGACGAGCUUAUCGCUGAGUGGCUGGUGCUCUGCAGUAGUUUCCACCCCCGACCCCGACUCUUUCUUGCGUUUUCAAGCCGUUUCGGUUCCUGUAAGGCGCCGCCCGCAUGCAGUCCGGAGCUGGAGUGAAGACGGUGGUCUCCGAGCUGUGUGCCACAGCCGUGCCCCGAAGUCUUGGGGCCAAUCGGAACAGCUACGGCCAUGCUGUGGGGCUCUGUCCUCUUGAAUUUCUUCCUAGCUUACCUGCCAGAGACACAAACCAGAUCACACUCUCUGCGGUAUUUCUACUCAGUUGUGUCUGAACCGGGUCCAGGAGUCCCUUCGUUUAUGGCUUCUGGCUUCGUGGACAACCAGCCCUUCAUUCGCUAUGACAGUGAAGAGAUGAAGGCAAAGUCUUGCGUUCAUUGGUUGAGGGAGGAGCCAAGUUACUUUGAUGAUGAGACCAAGAUCUUCACAAGUCGGAUGAAGAUUUUCCACUUAAAUCUGAGGAAUGUGCAGCAAUAUUACAACCAAACCAAGGAGGAUGGUCUGAACAGAGCACUGGCACAAAAGCAAACAAGUCCCCACACCCUCCAGUUCACCUACGGCUGUGAGCUCCUGGAGGAUGGCAGGACCACGUGGCACUGGCGGUAUGGCUAUGACGGUGAGGACUACCUGAGCUUGCAUAUGGACCCUCUGCAAUACACAGCAGCCACAUUCAUUGCUCAGUACACCAAACAAAAAUGGGAGGCCGCUGGGAACUUCAUAGAGAGAGACAAGAACUACUUGGAGAAGGAGUGCAUCCUGUGGCUGUGGAGAUACUUGACGUUUGGAGGGGAGAGCUUGAACCGCACCGAGCCUCCCAAAACACACAUGACUCAUCACCGCAUCUCUGACCAUGAGGUCACCCUGAGGUGCUGGGCCCUGGGCUUCUACCCUGAGGAGAUCUCACUGACCUGGCAGCGCAAUGGGGAGGACCAGACCCAGGACACGGAGCUUGUGGAGACCAGGCCUUCAGGAGACGGAACCUUCCAGAAGUGGGCAGCCCUGGUGGUGCCUUCUGGGGAGGAGCAGAGAUACACGUGCCGUGUGCAGCACGAGGGGCUUCAGGAGCCCCUCACCCUGAGAUGGGAACCUCCGAAGACCUCCGUCCCCAUCAUAGGCAUCAUUGUUGUCCUGGUUCUCCUCGUGGUCACUGGAGCUGUGGUGACUGAAGCUGUGAUCUGGAUGAAGAAGCCCUCAGGGACUGAGUCAGCACAUUCGGGAACAAAAUUAUUGAUGCUUUUCUAAAUGUACAUACAGAAACCACUGCUCUGUUGCUGGACACAGUUGCCUUUGUUACAGUGACACCCCUGAUGCUGGACACUCAACUGUGUGGCUAGAACUGCUAUCACUAUCGCUCUUGGCAACUGAACGUCACUCCUGCCACUCACCACCUUUGCCAAAUGCCGUGUGCACACACCCAGCAAAUAUGUGUCAUUAUGUCCAGAGUCACAGCUCAGCACGUGUCAUGUGACUAAGAGUGCCUUAUCUUUCCCAGCUGUAUAUUUGGGGAAUUGAGUUUUCGUCUCUCAUGGAAGGAUGUAGUGUCUGUCUUUCAAGACACUUUCAUGUUGUAGCUGAUAUCACAGAAAUACAAAGGAGUAUGAAAGACGACUAUGAAUGAUUAUACAGCAGACAAACUGGAGGAACUAGAAGAAGUGGGUAUACACAACCUACCGAGACAAAAUGAUGAAGAAA